AUGGACUCUGUCAGUUUCAAAAUCAACGGGAAAUCACAUUCAGUGGGAUGCGAGACAAGCUCAGACCUGUCCCUGCUGGAGUACCUGCGCGUGCGCUGCGAGCUGCGCGGCACCAAGUACAUGUGCCGCGAGGGCGGCUGCGGCGCGUGCGUCGUCGCUGCUGCCACACCUGGAGCGAAAAUAGGCGCUGUCAACUCUUGUCUAGUGUCAGUGACAUCGUGUCACGAUUGGGAGAUUACAACGAUAGAGGGCAUCGGUAACCGGCUGCAGGGCUACCACCCGAUACAGAAGACCCUCGGCAAGCUCCAUGGGAGCCAGUGCGGGUACUGCUCGCCUGGAUGGGUCAUGGCUAUGUACAGGUAA